AUGAAGCGUUUGUUUCUUUUUGGAGAAGUUGAUGUUGAAUGUGCCUAUGCAAGCGGAUCUCUCGGCGGCACCCUUGAGAUCAUUGAUAUUGAUGGUCAAUGCGCGAUAUGGUCCUAUGACAACCAUGGCUGCACGGGAUCUUCAGCAUUCUUUGGCCAGCUUGAGGGAGAAAAAUGCUCAACGGUGAACGAAGUCGGAGACCGUACCCAUCGCUACCCUGUGCACGGGGUGGAGGCUUGUGGCACGGAAGACAAUUCGUCAGCUGCAUGGAUUCAGGUGAAGGAUACGGGGGUAGUCACCUUCUCCAAUCACCAGGGAGAAAUGUCGUCAUGUACAUUAGACAACGGACUCAAGCAUGGCAGCCGAUGUAUUGCUUCUGACUCGGGAUCUUCCACCAAGGCGUCCUCCGCUUUGACGACACCGAGGUCUUCGUCAUCAGUGUCGGAGUCAUCCUUGACUACCUCCCAGACCGCACCUUCUUCUGAUUGUUCCGCGGAUUGA